CAAAGAUUGACAUCAAUGUCGGGUCUAUUACAGAAACGAAACUUAUAUUCAAGUGGAGGUGGCCAGUUAUGCAGCCAGUUAUUCACUCACAUUUUGUAAUAGCUACAAAACCUUUUGCAUAAUGAAUCAGAAAAGGAUAUGUGCACUUUGUCAGUGUGCAGGGGAGAACCGGGGAACUGGACCACUAUCAAGUAAGAACUCAGUGACUGCUCACGAGAAUUGUCUGCUGUAUUCAUCGGGUCUUUACUGCCAGAACUCGCCGGUGGACGACAGUCUGUGUGGGUUUUCUGUGGACGAUGUUGAGAAAGAGAUACGGCGCGGCAACAGACUGUCAUGCCACGAGUGCAAUGUGAAAGGAGCCACUGUGGGUUGUGAGGUGAAGAAGUGCAAGAGGACGUACCACUACCCCUGUGCCAGGAAAGAUGGAGCAGAAAUCAUCGAGGAUCGCGUGAACGGAACCUACAAGGUCUACUGUAAGAAGCAUGGAUCAACUAAGAGUGAGUGUUGGGUUUUAAGUUUUGAUCAUAUUUAUGCUUUUCCCACCAUUCAAAUACACCUUAUGUCAGAAUCCGGUGAACCCAUUUCUGCUUUUCAUAAUAUUGUGUUGUGUUUUGAUGCUGAAGUUUCAACAGAAGUUUCAAACAGAGUAAAGGUGCCUUUUCGCCGAGCUUUGUCUUUUAAUGGCUCUGAUUAUGCUGAGGCAGGACCUUCUGGUGGAUGUGAUUCUGACCCAUCUAGAAACCACAAGUGCACGUCUCCCAAGAGAACCAGCAGUUUAAAGCAGGACAAUGGGAUGCCUCGACAACACUCGCCCUUGCACUUCAAGAGGAAGAGAAGGCUGGUCAUUGAAGAUUCAGAUUCAGGUGAGGAUGACGGCACGGUGGACAUGGAGUGUGCCCCGCUGGAGUCUGACCUAGAGAACAGUGGACUGUGGCAAGACGCCACGGUGGCUGUACCUCCUCAAGCUCCUCAUAGUCACCAUGCAGACUCUGCUGCAGCUUCUACCUCAGGACACGCCCUUCCUCAGAACAGAGAUGAAGAUACUUCCAUUGACUGUGAUAACGAGUCAGAGAGCUUACUCCUGUCUGUGACCAUCCUGCCCUUAUCUCAGUUCCCAGCGACUGGUGCUGGAGCCAGUCCCGCGUCCAUCCCUGCCUCCCCUCCGACCAGUGGGCCCACCCUGCCCAGCGACCCCACCCUGCCCAGCGGGCCCCAGGGCUCCCCCAGUACCCACACCGUGGCAUCCCCCUCCUCCCCCGAGGGCUGCCACGUCCCCACGUCUCCCAGCUCCGUGCUGUUCUGGAGGAACUGCAACCAGGCAGGCUGCACGGCAGACAUCUUUAACACUUUCAUCUCAGACAUGAGUGACAUAUCCCACAGGAUCCUGACUGAUCAGGCCACUCAGGAGGACUACGACUUGUCCCUGAGGGUGCUGGAGGCUUCCGGGAAGCUGAACUUCUUGGUGACGGAGCAUUGGAAAGCACUGGAGAGGAAACGCAAGGAGCUGGAGAGGUCCUUAGCCGCCUUGAAGACUGCUUCCUCCGUCCUGAAGAGAUAGAUGCAAACUACAACUCCCAGAAUUCAGUUUGGAUGUGUUUCAUUGUAGUCAAUGUGUACUGUUUGGUCUCAGUGUAUUGUUAUCAUGCUUCAGAUUCUAUUAUGUGCCUUUUACUCACUAUGAUUGUUACAGUGCCCUACUAUCUAGUGUUUUAAUGUAAUUUGUACUUUUUAUGUUUUAUACAUAAAGUGGACAAAGACA